AUGUCUACUUCAGUAUUUUUGUAUUUAUGUUUCACAAUUUUUCUCGUGAAUAUUGUUCAACGUGAUUGUAACACAGGCACGAAUGUUGGACUUCGUGGAUGUAAGCGGAUAAGAAGUGAUUCAAGUUCGAAUGAAGAAGCAGGACUAAAUCCUGAUAUCGCUGAGACAUGUGGUGAAUGUGGAAAAUCAUUUGAAGAUUUACCUCUUCUUCAUGAGCAUAUUCGAUCUUAUCAUCCGGAAAUUCAGUCGGUGAUUGAGAGUGAAAAAGAGGAGGACGAUUUUGCAUGGCACAAUGAGCUGUCUGGAAGUAGUGAGAGUGAAGAAGAAGAUAAUGAUGAGCCUGCUCAUCCACUUUAUGACCCAAGAAAUGAAAAUCAAUGUCGAAAAUGUGGCCGAAUAUAUAUGACUAAAUACCAUUUGGCGAAACAUAUGAAACAAAAACACCGGCAUUUGUGGACGCCUUGUCCGAUCGAUGAUUGUUACAGUAACUUUCGACACGCCGACAGUAUACAUCGUCAUAUGCGACAUAGACAUCCCGCCCAUCUUGACCCGCAAACAGGCUUGUAUCCUGGCGGCUAUCAACGAACACGGGAUAAGAAACAACGACAGAUGACAGAUUUUAGAUGUUCCGAAUGUCAUUCAUAUUUUCCAACUGCAAGAACAUUACACGACCAUGGGUACAAUUUACACACAUUUAUCUAUAAAUGCCCUGAUGUCAGUUGUAUUCGACAUACUGAACCGUUCACGACAAAACAGAAUUGUGAAGGUCACUUGAAAACAAAACAUCCAAACUUACAAUUACAGUGUAUAAAAGAAAUCACAUUAUUUGGUAUCAUCCAUUCUCCAGAAGCCUUUGCAAAAAUGAGAGACAGUAAAAGUCAAGCAUAA